AUGCCUCAGAAGUCUGGCAAGAAGGCCGCUCCGGCCCCCUUCCCCCAGGGUAAGGCUGGCAGCAAGAAGGCGCCCAAGAACCCUCUCAUCGAGAAGCGCCCCCGCAACUUCGGCAUUGGCCAGGCUAUCCAGCCCGCGCGCAACCUCUCGCGCAUGGUGAAGUGGCCUGAGUAUGUCCGCCUCCAGCGCCAGAAGAAGAUCCUCAACAUGCGCUUGAAGGUCCCUCCUGCGAUCGCCCAGUUCCAGCAGGUUCUCGACAAGAACACCGCUGCCCAGGCCUUCAAGCUCCUCAACAAGUACCGCCCUGAGACCAAGACCGAGAAGAAGGAGCGUCUCCUCCAGGAGGCUACCGCCAUCAAGGAGGGCAAGAAGAAGGAGGAUGUCUCCAAGAAGCCCUACGUUGUCAAGUACGGUCUCAACCACGUUGUUGGCCUCAUUGAGAACAAGAAGGCUUCCCUCGUCCUCAUCCCUAACGAUGUCGACCCCAUCGAGCUCGUUGUCUUCCUUCCCGCUCUCUGCCGCAAGAUGGGCAUUCCCUAUGCCAUCAUCAAGGGCAAGGCUCGUCUCGGCACUGUCGUCCACAAGAAGACCGCUGCCGUCCUCGCUCUCACCGAGGUCCGCACUGAGGACAAGAACGAGCUCGCCAAGCUCGUCUCCGCCAUCAAGGAGGGCUACGUCGAGAAGAACGAGCAGGCUCGCCGCCAGUGGGGUGGUGGCAUCAUGGGCAUCAAGUCCCAGAUGAAGAUUGCCAAGCGCAAGAAGGCUCUCGAGAACGCCAUCAAGGUCUAA